CUCUAAUUUCCAAAAAAUUAUCCUCCUUACUAAAAAAAAAAAAAAAAACCAAAAAAGAGAAAAAACGUCAUGUUUACAAUCAAUUUGUUCAGAUGACGACAAGAAAUAGAAAGGGUAUAAAGCGUUAGAGCAUCUAUGUUCAUGGGGCUGUUUGACACCUGAAAUUGUUAUUUUUCAUCCAAAAUAUUAAUUUGGGGCAAAACUUAGGGUUUAUAAUUCUGAGUAAAAGUUUGAGUUCCAAGUCUUCCAACAAUCAGAUUGCAUGAACAUGAACCGAUGCCGAAGUAUGAACCUUUGCCGAAGAAGCCCAGACUUGAAAUUCAGAGCCUCACCAAGGAAGAACUAGCUCAUUUGAAAGCAACUGAGGAAAGUGCAUUAAAAGGAAUAAUCUGGCGUUUUUGCUCCUCUUCUCUGGAAUUGUGCAAGCAACUAUCUGAUCAACUUUACCGUAGUCUGCUUGAUGGAGUUGCCGUACUCGCUUACUUGCUCUUUGACAAGGAGGAACUGUACGAGUUAGGUCAUUCUCGCAUGCUUUAUGACCAACAGAACAAGUUUUGGGAAGAACUUGAACGGUUUGCGCAGAAGGGAGAUUCAUUCUAUGAAGUUUGCAAGUGGAUAGCGAAUACAAAUAUUAAUUGGGAUGGGUACUCUCUUUUGAACGAAUGUAAUGUUGCUUAUAUGCUAAUGUUUUACAACAGUAACUCGUGUGCUUAUAUGAAGCCUUUCGAGGACUACAUUGCCCGUGGCCUGGAAAUUGAGAAGAGUCCUAUUGAUGAUGACAUUGAGGAAGCAAUCAAAAAGGCGAAGCAGUAUCAGAGAUUGAUGGUCACAGAUAGAUUGACGACAUCGUCUAUGCCAUUUAGUUUAUUGCUCCAUAAUGAAUUUGAAAUGAAAGAAAUUGUUGAACUUCGUUAUACGGUUCCUCCACCUCUGACUGUUUUUGAUUUGAUUAGUAUUGCUGAACUUCGUCGUAAGGCAGAAGGGAGUCGUUUUAUCAACAGGGACCAUUUCUUGUGGGCUUUUGAUGAGAGAGGAUGUGGGCUCCGUACUGCAUUGAAGGAUGAAUUAGCCUCGAGGGUGGGUGCUGAAGAUCAUCCCCCAUAUUUCAUAUAUGACAUUGUGUUAAGAUUGGCAAGAGCUGAAUAUGUGAUCCCUGGUGUAAAUCAUCUUGCCUUUGCGGUCGUUUUUGGCAAAUUUGGCUUUUCUGCUGAGGAGGUCAAAGAAUUGCAAGAAUACUUCAACCACUUCAAGACUGCUAUAUGCAAUGUGAUGGAACCAAAGAAUUUGAUGAUCUCGAAUGAUUGGUAUUUUGGGGAUGAUAGUAUUAAGGUUUUUAAGGAACGUCUUGAGGCAAAUAAUGGAAUCUGGUGGUACCCCUUCACUGCUUAAACUUUAAGUGAUGGUCUUUCCUCUAUACAAGCAAUAUCCCUUUGACGAGGACAAGGUGAAAUUGAAGGCAUUUGGUGUUUAUGGGAAAUUAAAUAUAUGUAAAUUAUAAGCUGUUUAGAUUUGUUAAUAUUUGUUUUUGUAAAAUAUUAAGAGAUGCCUUAUGGUGAAGUGGUGAUCUAAUUUCUUUUGGUAAUUGGGUUGCAUGUACUUUUCUGAUUUCAGUUGUCAAGAGGUUCUAGUAUUAUUUUGAUUUCUAGGUUCGGGUCUUCUUGCUCAAUUGAUAGUAUUAUCUUGAUGUCCCUUAUUUUUUUUUUCCCAUUUACACAUUCUCGCUACAAUUUAUUUUGACCCUAAUAUUAAAUGCACACUUCAUUA